UGUGUAUAAUUUUAAUUAUAUAUUUUUAAUGAAUUUCGCUCAAAAACAAAACUCAGAUUUCCUUUUUUCAUUUCAUUUUCUCGAGAAAAUCCUGCUUUUCCUCGAUAUACAACUCAGAUGAGAGCUUUUAGUGGAGAUUCCAGACCUUCUAACAACGUUCUCGACACCAUAAACGCUGCCGCCUCAGCGAUCGCUUCCGCUGAGAAUCGUGUUCCUCAAGCUACGGUUCAGGUUGACUUCUGUUUGGCGAAAGCAUGUUGCUUUAGCAUGAGAUGUUUAGUUUUGAAGAAGAAAAGAUGGGGAAGCUGGUGGAAUGUAUACUGGUGCUUUGGAUAUCAGAGACACAGAAAGAGAAUUGGGCAUGCAGUCCUUGUUCCUGAAACAUCUGCUCCUGGAAAUGAUUCUUCUGUAGCUGAAAAUCGAACCCAAGCACCUCCAAUCACACUUCCCUUUGUUGCACCUCCCUCAUCUCCUGCAUCUUUCCUUCAAUCAGAACCUCCUUCUGCUUCACAGUCACCAGCUGGUGUGCUGUCACUCACCUCUAUAUCCGCCAAUAUUUACUCUCCUAUUGGGCCUGCCUCCAUUUUUGCUAUAGGUCCUUAUGCCCAUGAAACCCAGUUAGUCUCACCACCUGUAUUCUCAACUUUCACCACUGAACCAUCAACUGCUCCUUUCACUCCGCCUCCUGAGUCUGUACACUUGACUACACCUUCCUCACCUGAGGUACCUUUUGCUCAGCUACUUGACCCCAGCGUCAGGAAUGGCGAGGCUGGUCUGCGGUUCCCACUAUCAAACUAUGAAUUUCAGUGUUACCAACUUUAUCCUGGAAGCCCAGUUGGCCAGCUUAUUUCACCUAGCUCAGGCAUAUCUGGAUCAGGCACGUCAUCUCCGUUCCCCGAUGGAGAGUUUGCUGCUGGUGGCGCUCACUUUCUUGAUUUCCGAAUGGCUAACCCUCCAAAACUCUUGAACCUUGAUAAGCUUUCCACUCAUGAAUGGGGAUCGCGCCAAGGUUCAGGAACUUUGACCCCAGAUGCUGCAAGGCCCACAUCUUGCAGCUUUCCUCUGGAUUGUCAAUUUUCUGAUUUCAUAUCACAUUCACAUUCAGACAAUGGCAAGCAGAAUGAUGAAGUUGCCGUUCGUAGAGUCUCAUUUGAAUUAACUGAUGAAGAUGUUUUGAGAUGUGUGGAACAGAAGCCAUCAUCCCCUGUGAAAGUCAUUCCAGAUUCCAUGGAAAAUGGAAUAGCAGCUGGUAGAGAAGAAAAUUCCACUGAAAUAGUCAACAAUUUUGAGUCCCGUGUUGUCAAAACAUCUAAUGACACCCGAGAGAAAGCUUCAACAGGUGAGGAAAAGGUAACACAACAUCAGAAACAUCGGUCCAUAACUCUUGGAUCUCUCAAAGAAUUCAACUUUGAUAAUGCUGAUGGAGUAGAUUCUCAUAAGCCUAAUACUGGUCCAGACUGGUGGGCCAAUGGAAGUGAAAGUGACGUUGGGAAGGAAGAUGGAGUUACCAAGAAUUGGUUCUUUCCUGUGAUGCAGCCAAGUGUGGGUUAGCUAGUAUUUAAUUGCAUCUCCUGGUACCUCCCAAUAGGGCUUCAUUGGCUGCAAACAAGCGCCUCACUUUCUGAAGCCAAUUGCAGUGAAAUUUGAGGGUAUUGUGCAAGGAAUCCAAACUGGCUGAGAAAUGAAGGCUGUUUUUGAGUCCUUCGUGACCUGAAAACAGGGACAGGCGGUAAUGUUUUGUUCUUUUUGCUUACUUAGCACAGAUAGUGUAUUAUAUAUCUCUUUAGGCCGAAAGAUGAACUAACAGCGCUUGUUAGAUAUUUUUGUGCCGUCAUCCAUUUCAUAUGUAAUAUAAAUGAUGAAUAGGACAUUUUUACACUAAUAAUUGCAAAAAAAAAAGAUGGAUAUUGACUUAAUGACAUGCUAAUGAAAGAUACAAUUCUCCCGA